CUGCACGUCAUUGUAAGGCUUUAGUUAUGACGCUGCAGUAUACAUGCAUAACAAUAUAAGCAAGUUACAUCCAUGGUUGAGACAAACGUUUUUAUGAAUGGAGCUUUCAUAUCAACUCCCAUUCCUGGAAGGAGUGAUUCGUGCUACUUAACAUGUUAAGUAUGAUUUACACCAUCGCGCCACAGCUCCUUCACCUGUCGUCUGAGAUUCGCACAUCGUGGGUUUUUCCCAAGUGACAUCCCUUUGAAAUCCCCGCAUUACACUGUGUGCUUUUAUACUGAUAUGUUCUCUGUUCCCAUGUGCUGUUGUCAAAACUCGUGAAUGGUCAUGUUUCUCGUUAGAAGGAAUAUUAUGGCACAGGUAACAUCUUGAAGGACAAUUCGUAUGGUUGUGACAACCAAGCGUUCUCCGUCGUCUGUCGUUGAUAUAGCAUUAUCAACACAGGAUCACUACCUUCAAACCAACAGGCUUUUACCUUCCGAGAAACAUCACAGAAACAUUGUUGUACAUCAUGACGAGCACUGAAUCAUUAACGGAUCCCACUGACUUGAGGACAUUAUCAGAUGCCGAUUCAGAUGAUGCCUCUGGCGGGUGUGUCCGGCGUCAAUCCAGCACUUACAUCUACGUCGUCGACAUGACUGUCAGUGGCCAGCCCUUGCCUGAUGUGGUCAGCGAGAACAACAGAGAUGAAGAACCUGAGGAUCAUUAUGAUAAGAUAGGCAGUCUUCAACGGCAUAAUAUGGGAUACACUAAAUCAAGGUCAGGAACCUUGACCAGCGAGGACAUGGCCAGCGGUCAGUCUGUGGCUCCGUACUUCGCGGUCAGACACCUUCAGCAGUCUGUCGUACCGCCCCAGGAUCCCAGGACCCGACAGUGGUGCUCCUGGAAACGGUGCGUGCUUGUCGGACUAGUGGUAACGGUGACAAUAGUCCUCCUGUCUGGACUCAUAACAGUCGCCGCGCUUCUUCUCUCACGUCAAGCAGAACAAACAAGGGGAGAUGUUACACUACCAACAUCACAACCUAUCUUAACUGCAAGUGCAACUACGGAUGUUUCAACAAUUUCUACUUCCACGACUACUGAAAUCUCCAACUCAACUUCAACGGCUUCAACAACGACACAGUCUUCUUUCUCUUCAACGACAACCACGCCUGCGACAUCGGAAGAACAAACACUACCAACAUCACAACCUAUCUUAACUGCAAGUGCAACUACGGAUGGUUCAACAAUUUCUACUUCCACGACUACUGAAAUCUCCAACUCAACUUCAACGGCUUCAACAACGACACAGUCUUCUUUCUCUUCAACGACAACCACGCCUGCGACAUCGGAAGAACAAACAAGGGGAGAUGUUACACUACCAACAUCACAACCUACAUUCACUGCAAGUGCAACUACGGAUGUUUCAACAAUUUCUACUUCCACGACUACUGAAAUCUCCAACUUAACUUCAACGGCUUCAACAACGACACAGUCUUCUUUCUCUUCAACGACAACCACGCCUGCGACAUCGGAAGGUUGCAUCCGCAAGUGCAUUUCGUGCACGUCUCACAACACCCGGUGUCCAGCCAACGGCAUGAUAGUCGAGGGCGACCCUGGAGAAGUGAUCGACUGUCCAUGUAAUACUGCCUGCUACUCUGACAUCCGAUACGAUGACGGUUCCUCUGUCCACCGAGGAUGCACAGGUGACUAUCCCGCGUGGGAUGCGGCGUCCUCUGUUAACCUGACCUGCAGAGAAAUAGAUCGACAUUUUCUGUGUUUCUGUUUGGGAGAUCGCUGUAACAAGGAAGAUAUGACGUCACAUAUUUCCUGAAAUGAGUGGAUGAUUAAUGCACAUAAUGCCAUGGAUUUGUUAUGUUCAUCUCAUUGUGUGUAUGUGUAUGUUUCAAUGUGUGUGUUCGUUGAUUUGAUAAUCUUCAUCAGCUGUACCACUAUUCUGAUGAUUGAGAUAUUUAUUGCCAUUUUAUCGUUUUGUAACUGCUGUGGGACUGUGGAUAACAAUGUGCUUCGAAACGAUCAGGUCACACCACACACGCAAUUUGUGUUGUGUUAUCUAUUUUCUAUACUAAUAAGAUGCUGCUAAAAUAACGUUUACUGUUUUCAUUUUUAGUCACCCUCUUUCCAAUUCAUCUAUAUCGGAAUCGACGAUUAUUAACAACUAUCUUGUUCUUUUUGAGACCCGUGGAGAUCCGGGUAGAGAAUAAGACUU